AUGCAGUUAACACAUGACGAGAGUCUACAACGAAGUCGAAGUGCAGUUUUGGAAGAGUCUACAACGAAGUGUAGACACACAGAAGAUGCGCAAAAUAUAUUAAGAAUUCUGACUCAAGUUAUCUGCAGCGAAGUGCAGUUUUGGAAGAGUCUACAACGAAGUUUAUCUGCAGCGUCAUGCAGGUUUGGAAAAGUCCAAAGAAGUGUAAGAAACACAGAAUAUGCGCAACUUAAGUUUCUGCAGCGUCAUGCAGGUUUGGAAAAGUCCAAAGAAGUGUAA